GCUCGCUGUUGUAAGAGUUGAACGGCAGAUUUUGGCAGAUAUUGCGUGAUUAUGAGGGUGAUUGGUAGUGGUUGUUUGCUUCCUAAUUGAAUCACCUGUGACGAAUCGAUUUGAGCAAGCUACUUAAUCGUUUGGUAGUCAUAUUUGUGCCGGUUUGGUUCAUGUUGUGACAUCAACCAUGUCUGAGUUGGAAAAUAAAGUUAACCUACUGCAUAACGCCCUUCAUCGGGCUUUGAGUAUGCUUGUUAAGCCAGCGGAUGAAAGUAACAAGGGAGAACUUCAUGAAAUACUUGAGCUUAACAUUCAAAAUGCCAUGAAGGAGUUAAAACUGGAUGAUUUCAGUGAUAUGCAACCUCUUCAUGGGAUAAAAUGUACUGUCAAUGCAAACAGCAGUGUGAGGUGGAAGUUUGUAUGUGUAACUCUUCACAUCCUGCUAUCAAUGAAGGUGACACUGAAGCUGCUAAGUGCAAUGCCAGCAGAAGGCAGGAAUAAGGGACCGAAAGACUUGCUGAGUGUUGCACAACAGAAGACCAUUCGCACCUGCCUCCAGUUUGUUGUGUCCAUGGGGCUGCUGCCCAGCCUUCUGCCUGGAGUUGGUGUUGCCUUGGCUGCACGCUGCUCCAGUGCUGCCAAUCUUAAGGAUGAGGAGCUUCUGUUGCUGGAACAUCUGUUUUUGCAGAAGUACGAGCGGCUGGCUGCAGUUACAAGAGGCCUGCUUGUGUGUGCUGAGAACCCAUCCUUGCGCCAGAUCAUUGUUUCGCACCAUUUGGGUGAUCUAAUGGCUGCUCUCUCCCAGCUGAGCUUUGUGCCACUGAAGAAACCUGCAGAGCCACCACCACAAGCAUCGACAACUGUAGUGGCAACGACCACAGUGGCAGCAACAGCGGUAGUAGCGUCAUCUGGAUCGGAAGCAGCUCAACGUGAGACAAAUUCAACAAAUGGCCAGAGUGAAGAGUUUGUGAUGACACCUGAACUAUGGGUGCGCCUGCAAAGAGACCGUUCUCAGUUUCGUAUAUAUUAUUUGUCUUUCAUCUGGGAAAUGUACCAACCACUCGUCAUCAGGGAACUUCUAAUACUGCAUGGUGCUGCUGGAUUAAAGAGAUUGCAGAAUUGUGCACGCACCAACCCUCCAACAUGGCUUAAGAAGUCUUGCAUCAUACUGCUAAUCCAUUGCAUAAUGAGGCCAAAAGGCGUCAGUUCUCUUAUACGUGCAAUUUGUGACGCUGAUCCAGAUACUGGUACUGAUUGGAGUAAACUGGAGACAGUUGUUAAUCUUAUAACGACUGUUCAUACGUCUGAUCCAGAAAAGUAUAAUAAGAAUAUAUGUUCCCAGUUGGUGGAAAUCUUGAAAGGAUCUGAUAAGCUUCCAGGUUCUGUGGGACAACUCCAGUUAAUGAUUGCUGUUCGUUGUAUUGAGGCACUGUACAAGAAAGAUGAAGAACUCAUUCGCAGACAUGUCCUUGAUAUCAUUCUUAAGCCACUGCUGACGUGUUGCGUUCCACCAAGCAGCAUUGCCUGGGAGGAUAGUGAAGUAGAGGAAGAUGAUACCAUAGAUGAAAUGCCAAUUAUGAAUAGUAUUGAAGGCAUUGGCCUCUUGGAUUCCACAGAUGAUGAGGCAGGGCCAUUGUUAAAAAUAGAGGAGAAGAUGGAAAUCUUGGAGGAAUCUGAAACAGAACAAGCAGAAGAAUCAGAACAAUCUACAACAGCAGUGGAGGUAGUUCCCUCACCUGAUGCCACUGAUGAAACAGAUAAAGAGUCACGCAAGCUUAUUGUACCGGAGGAAGAACUAACACUGUGCAUAGUGAACAUGCACCGGCUGUUUGCAGAACAUGUCAGUGGCUCCUCAGAGCCUGCCCUGCCGCCAGUGUCCUAUGCCAGCUUUACACCUGUGUUAUUUGCCCUCUACAAGAGAGUAUACUCCAGUGCAUGCCAUUACAAAUCUAAAGUGGAAGACUUGCUGUCAAGAAUCUUGUGCAACUUCAGAUCUGAGGUGUUCGGGGAUGUGUUCAGAUCAUUCAUCUUUGGUGACGAAAGUGGGAGUGAUGGACUGCUACAGAUGAAUCCACUGUAUGAGUUCUGUUUUGCUUCUGGUGGUGGCGUGGAAGUGCGUGAAAGGGAUGGUAUUGUUAGUGCAAAAGGAGGCAAGAUGCGUGUUCCCUCACCACCAUCUGGCCGAGAGGCAUUUGAGAACACGGCUGAUUGUGUCUUUGAGCUCCUCAACAAUGCUGACAAGACAGGAGAGAUAACAACUAACUUGUUCCUUGCCUUGCUUCAUGUCUUCUUUGAGCCUCUGGACAAUGCACAAGAUGAUGGAGGUGCAACAUCUUUCCCGAACCCUGCCACAUGCCGCAUCAAGGUUCCAACAGAAUGUGACAGUGAAAGAACUAUUAUAGCAGCACAGUUGCUCACUGCACUGUCAGAGAGUGACUAUGUGAAGCAGAAAAUUUUUAGCGAUCCAAAUUACUUGGUGCGGUAUAUUUUCUUUAUAUUGGAAAAAGAUGCACGCCAGCUAGCAGAGCGGACAACGGUUGAGAAUGGUGACGCUGCCAGUACCGUUUCUUCAGACUGUGAUGACAGCCUGGAUGAACACCUGUUCAUUGUUCUCAUGAUCUUGAGUGUGGCUGUCAACAGUUCAGCCAACACUCCACUUGAAGGUGCUCUUUUUGAGAGCAUUGUGGAACCACUGAAAAUGAUCUGUGACACGGUUGCAAAUGAGGAACUACGCCACCUGGCCAGUCAGAUCUACAACAAGGUUGUGACACAUGGUGUUAUUACUGAAAGCACAGUUGAACCGAUUGAGGAUGUCCCCACUAAAACAGAGAAGCAAGAUGAUGAGCAGCAGCAACCGCCACCUACCACCAACAAGAACAAGAAGAAAGCUGCUCUGGCAGAGGGUAAGAAGGCAGCUGAUCGUAUGCUAGCCUUCAGUAACAAGGAUGGCCAGAAGAACGGAGAGAAAAAGACGAACAAUGCUGGGGAGAAAGAUAAAGGCGGAAAACCAAAAGAUGGCAAAGCUGCAUAUCUCAAAGCUGUUGUGGAGACUUAUGAUCCCUUAAUACCUGUGCGUGGUCAUGGCCUACUGGAGCUUACGAGGCUCAUACUUUCAGGGGACAAGGAGGCUCGCCGCAACAAAGAGGAAAUCUUUGUAAUAUUUCAGGAAAACCUUAACCAUGAAGAUUCAUACAUAUAUUUAGCAGCUGUCAAUGGUCUAGCUGCAUUAGUAGGAAUGAAUCCUGAGAAUGUUAUGACAAUUUUGAUUGAAGAGUAUGUGGGAAUGAGAACUAAGCGUUCCAAACAAUUGGAGAAAUCCCCAGAACUUCGGAUGAAAGUUGGCGAGGUCCUCGUCAGAGUGACAAAGGCUCUAGGUGACAUGAUACCAGUUCAUAAAGACCUACUUCUCAAUGCUUUCAUGGGUGCGACAAAGGAUCCAGAUGAACUAAUAAGAGCAUCUAGCCUGUCCAAUUUAGGAACUCUGUGUAAGGUUAUGAAGUUCAGGGUUGGCCCAAUUCUUAAUGAGAUAAUGGUCUGUGUCCAGAGUAUUGUGAAAACAGAUCCUGUGGUGGAAGUGCGGAGAGCAGCUAUCCUUGUUCUCACACUUCUCUUGGAAGGUCUCGGUGAUGACACAGUUUCAGUUUUGAAAGAUAUUAUAUUAGAACUGUAUAGAACGCUGAAACAUGUCUACUUAACGGAAAAUGAUGAGGUUGUAAAACUGCAAGUUCAGCUGGCUUGUGAAGCUUUGGGGAAGUCAACUUUGGAGUUUAUUACUAGACCGAGAAAAUUAGAGAAGAAAAUUUGCAUACUGGAUCGUCCUGAAAUAUAAAUGGA